AUGUCAUCGAUUCCAUUAUUUCAAUGCCAGAUAAAUACAGAUGAUGUGAAUUUUAUUGGCAAUAUUCUUAAAAAACAAAAUUUUAUUCAACAAUGUACAUCGUCAACAUUUAUUAAAUCUAAUGUAGAUUAUAAUAUUCAAGUUGAUUUAUCUCAAUCAUUUGAAUUUCCAUCAAUUAUUUGUUAUUGUUCCACAGUAUCAAAAUCAUUACCUGAUUUAUUAUCAUUAUUAAAACCAAAUUCUUCUUCUUCUACAAUUAAUCUUAUUAUUUUAAAACAAUCAUCUGAUCUUAUUGAUUGGAAUUCUUUAAUUAAUCUUAUAUCAACAUAUAAUUUAUCAUUAAAUAUUGUUAAUGAUGAAAAUAAUUUACUUAAAAAACUUUAUGAAAUAAUAAAUAAUUUAGUUAAACCAAAAAUUGAAAAAAAAUCUAUUUCGAUAAAACAGAAGAAUCAUAAUUCAUAUAUAAACGUUCAGCCUUCAUCGAUACAGUCAAUUAUGUCCGAUAAAGGUCAAGAAAACAUUUUUUAUCAUGUAUCAAAACUUACGCGAGAAAAACGUGCAGCAGCAUUGGGACAACGUGGAGCAUUUCGAGGUUCAACUGUUUGGUUAACUGGACUUUCAGGAGCUGGAAAAUCAACUGUAGCUUUUGCAUUAGAAGAAUAUAUAGUAAGCAAAGGUUUACCAGCAUAUUGUCUUGAUGGUGAUAAUAUUCGAUGUGGUCUUAAUAAAAAUCUUGGAUUUUCUGAUACUGAUCGUGUUGAAAAUAUUCGACGUAUUGCUGAAGUUGCAAAAUUAUUUGCCGAUGCUGGUCUCAUGUGUAUUGUUGCUUUCAUUAGUCCAUUUGUAGAAGAUCGAGAAUGUGCUAGAAAAUUGCAUGAAGAUUCACAAAUUCCAUUUAUUGAAGUUUUUGUUAAUACACCAUUAUCUGUAUGUGAAGAACGAGAUACAAAGGGUUUAUAUCACAAAGCACGACAAGGAUUACUUAAAAAUUUUACAGGUAUUGAUGCACCAUAUCAAGCACCAGCACAUCCUGAAGUAAUAAUUGAUACAAGUAUAAUAUCCAUUGAUCGUUCUAUUGAAAUGAUCAUAGGAAAAUUAGCUGAACGUAAUGUUUUAUCACCAACAUUAAUUCUUGCUGUACAUGAACUUUUCAUGGAUGAAGAUAUGCGUGAAAAAGCAUUGAUAGAAUUUCCAAAUUUAAAUAAACUUGAUAUUACUGAAUUAGAUUUACAAUGGAUUCAAGUAUUAAGUGAAGGCUGGGCAACGCCACUUGCUGGUUUUAUGCGUGAAAUAGAAUAUUUACAAUGUUUACAUUUUGGUUGUUUAAUGAAAGGUCAUAUUGCAAAUCAAACAAUUCCAAUUGUUUUACCAUGUAUAACUGAAGAAAGAGAACGUUUAAAAUCAUCUUCAACAAUUGCUCUAUGUUAUAAUGGAAAAUUUGUUGCUGUUUUAAAAAAACCUGAAUUUUAUGAACAUAGAAAAGAAGAACGUUGUGCAAGAAUUUUCGGUACUAUAAAUCCUGAACAUCCUCAUAUUAAAAUGAUUCUUGAAAGUGGUGAUUGGUUAAUUGGUGGUGAUCUUGAAGUACUUGAAAGAAUUCGAUGGAAUGAUGAUCUUGAUCAAUUUCGUUUAACACCAAAUGAAUUACGACAACAUUUUCGUGAAAUGAAAGCUGAUACUGUAUUUGCUUUUCAACUUCGAAAUCCAAUUCAUAAUGGACAUUCCCUUCUUAUGGAAACAACCCGCCAAUGGUUAAAAGAUCAUGGAUUUCAUAAUCCUGUUCUUCUUCUUCAUCCUUUAGGUGGUUGGACGAAAGAAGAUGAUGUUCCAUUAGCUGUACGUAUGGCUCAACAUCAAGCUUUUUUAAAUGAAGAUACAGACGAUAGACUUGAUCGUUCUCGAACUGUUCUUGCUAUAUUUCCAUCACCAAUGAGUUAUGCAGGUCCAACUGAAGUACAAUGGCAUGCUAAAGCUCGUAUGUGUACUGGAGCGAAUUUUUAUAUUGUUGGUCGUGAUCCAGCUGGUUUACCUCAUCCAUCCGAUAAAUCUAAAGAUCUUUAUGAUCCAACACAUGGUUCAAAAGUUCUAACAAUGGCACCUGGUCUUAAUCAAUUACAUAUAUUACCAUUUAAAGUAGCUGCUUAUCAUCGUACUUUGAAAACUAUGGCUUUUUAUGAUCCAAAUAAACAUGAUGAAUUUGAUUUUAUAUCUGGUACACGAAUGAGAAAGAUUGCUCGAAAUGGUGAACAACCUCCCGAUGGAUUUAUGGUACCAGCAGGAUGGAAAGUUUUAGCUAAUUAUUAUCAAUCAUUAUCAAAAGAAUCUGGAGAUAUUACAAAAAAUUAA